GAGAGCUGCAAAUUUGUGUUUUGUUUUCUAUUUUUCUCUCUCUCUAAAUAGAGACGUAGAAGCCAUAGCUAUCAUAACCUGUUACUUACAAAACAAACAAAAUGAUUCCAAGCCAAUCUAAUUCCUUUUCUGGUAGUGUUAUUACCUUGUAUUUCUUCCUCCUGGGUUCCCUUGUUCUACGCACUCUUGCUUCUUCUAGGCUUCACUAUUGCCGCCAUGACCAAAGGGAUGCUCUUCUCGAGUUCAAACACGAGUUUCCGGUAAGUGAAUCGAAGCCAAGUCCAUCGUUGAGUUCAUGGAACAAGACUAGUGAUUGCUGUUUUUGGGAGGGUGUCACGUGCGAUGAUGAAUCUGGCGAGGUGGUUUCACUUGACCUUAGUUAUGUCCUUCUCAACAACUCUUUGAAACCAACUAGUGGUCUUUUCAAACUCCAACAACUCCAGAACCUGACUCUCAGUGAUUGCCAUCUCUAUGGAGAGGUUACUUCUUCACUAGGAAACCUUUCUCGUCUCACGCAUCUUGACCUUUCGAGUAAUCAGCUGACAGGUGAAGUUCUGGCUUCGGUCAGUAAGCUAAACCAACUUAGAGACCUUUUACUUUCCGAAAACAGUUUUAGUGGUAACAUUCCUACUUCAUUUACCAAUUUAACGAAGCUUUCUAGUUUAGACAUCUCUAGCAAUCAGUUCACAUUGGAAAAUUUCUCUUUCAUACUACCAAAUUUAACCAGCUUGUCCUCCUUAAACGUUGCCUCUAAUCACUUUAAAUCCACGCUUCCAUCUGAUAUGAGUGGACUCCACAACUUGAAAUAUUUUGAUGUGCGUGAGAAUUCAUUUGUCGGGACUUUUCCUACAUCCUUAUUCACGAUUCCUUCGUUACAAAUUGUUUAUUUGGAAGGAAACCAGUUCAUGGGACCUAUAAAGUUUGGGAAUAUAUCUUCAUCUUCUAGGCUUUGGGAUCUAAACCUUGCUGAUAACAAAUUCGAUGGGCCAAUCCCUGAAUAUAUAUCUGAAAUUCACAGUCUCAUAGUACUAGAUCUUAGCCACAACAACUUAGUUGGGCCAAUCCCCACUUCUAUAUCAAAGUUGGUCAACCUUCAGCAUCUUAGUCUUUCAAACAAUACCUUGGAAGGCGAAGUGCCAGGUUGCUUAUGGGGAUUGAUGACAGUGACACUUUCCCACAAUUCUUUCAACAGUUUUGGAAAGUCAUCAUCCGGAGCUUUGGAUGGAGAAUCAAUGCAGGAGUUGGAUCUUGGUUCGAAUUCACUUGGAGGACCUUUUCCCCAUUGGAUCUGCAAGCAAAGGUUCUUAAAGUACUUAGACUUGUCCAACAAUCUCUUCAACGGCUCAAUUCCUCCUUGUUUGAAAAAUUCCACUUAUUGGCUUAAAGGGCUAGUUCUGCGUAACAACAGCUUCAGCGGAUUUCUCCCAGACGUAUUUGUCAAUGCUAGCAUGUUAUUAUCACUUGACGUUAGCUACAACCGGUUGGAGGGAAAACUUCCAAAAUCCCUGAUCAAUUGCACUGGUAUGGAACUUCUGAAUGUGGGAAGCAACAUAAUCAAGGACACUUUUCCAUCCUGGUUGGUUUCUUUGCCAUCAUUACGUGUCCUCAUCCUCAGAUCUAAUGCAUUCUAUGGGUCGUUAUAUUAUGACCACAUAUCUUUUGGGUUUCAACAUUUGAGACUCAUUGAUAUAUCACAGAAUGGCUUCAGUGGAACUUUGUCACCUUUAUAUUUCUCCAAUUGGCGUGAGAUGGUGACAUCUGUCUUAGAAGAAAACGGCUCUAAUAUAGGUACAGAGGAUUGGUACAUGGGCGAGAAAGGGCCCGAGUUCAGCCAUAGUAAUUCGAUGACUAUGAUAUAUAAAGGAGUAGAAACGGACUUCUUGCGGAUCCCAUAUUUCUUCAGAGCCAUUGACUUUUCUGGAAACAGAUUUUUUGGGAAUAUACCUGAAUCCGUUGGUUUGUUGAAGGAAUUGCGUCUUCUCAAUUUGUCAGGUAACUCAUUCACAAGCAAUAUCCCUCAGUCAUUGGCAAAUUUGACAAAUCUUGAGACAUUGGACCUAUCCCGGAAUCAGCUAUCAGGUCACAUCCCUCGAGAUCUUGGUAGCCUCUCUUUUCUGUCGACCAUGAAUUUCUCCCAUAACCUUCUCGAAGGUCCAGUUCCACUAGGCACUCAGUUUCAAAGCCAACAUUGUUCUACAUUCAUGGACAACCUCAGACUCUACGGUCUUGAGAAAAUCUGUGGAAAAGCUCAUGCCCCGAGUUCUACACCACUAGAAUCCGAGGAAUUUUCGGAACCAGAAGAACAAGUGAUUAACUGGAUAGCAGCGGCAAUAGCCUACGGACCUGGUGUGUUUUGUGGAUUAGUUAUUGGACAUAUCUUCUUUACUGCACACAAACACGAGUGGUUCAUGGAAAAAUUCCAUCGAAACAAGCGCAGAGUAGUCACCACAAGUGCUCGUUGAACACCAUCACCUCUCACAAUUUCUCUGAGUGAUUGUGAAACGUAUAUGUUUGUUAUGAUAUCUGUCAGUUGUGUUAUGCAUAAACUCUUUGUCUUUGUAAUUUUCUACUUUAUGGUAUUGUAAGAAACGGCUUUGGUGGUAUCUGAUCUUCUAUAUGUUGGGUUGAAAAUGCAUUCAGAUUUUUCUUCCUAGUCAAAUCUCAACUUGUCAUAAGAGGAUGUUUCAAUUGUAG